AUGAAAGUUUUUGCCGCCCUGUAUACCUUUGCUGUUCUCGCCGUGGUAGGCGUGAGCGCUGCGUUCCCGCCCAUGCCUGAAAACGUAGCAAACGGUGGCGAGGCCCUUCGCACCCUGUGGGCAGCCGCAAGUCAAGGAACAUUCAUGAAUGUGCUCACCCACAACAUGCGCAGCAUCCAGGGCCCCUGGACGGAAUUCCUCACCACUGAAGGCGAACAAAUCGUCAACAACUACUACCGAGAGGCUUUCCGAGAGAAGCACAACGCGGCAGUUUUGCACGGACACAGCAAGUUCGUCAGGAUGGCCAAGUUCGACAUCACCGAGCCGUACAGAUUUCAGCCCAAUAGCGAUGCUUACAAGUCCAAGGUGGCCGCUACCCUCAUCAGCACGUUUGCGGACAGGCUCGCCGCCGCCAGAGAGGCGCAGUUGGCCAAGGACAUUCAUCGUCCUCCAUCUUUCAGCAACUAG